UAGCAGAAGUAGAGCAAAACAAUUUUUACGCGCCCUAAAAAUAAGUUCUUUUUGUGCAAAAAAUAGUAGAAAAUUUUAUAGUGAAUCAAAAUAUAUUAAAUUUAUUACAAUAUAAGUAUUAUUUAAUAAACAAAAAUGGCUACAAAGGAGGUAGCAGCACCAAAUUGGAAAAGACCAGAUGAGCUCAUGCGUUUGCAGAGACUGAAACAACGGAAGAAACAAUUGGCAGCACGUUUUAAUUGUAACAAUAAUAAUAAUAACAACAAUAAUGUACGAGAUGUGGUUACGGAAACAGAUAAAGCAGCCUUAUUGGAGGCUAAAAUGGCCCAAAAACGUAAAAAUCCAUUUGCCAAACCUGGAGACAAUUCAAAGAAACCCAAAACAGAUAUAAAAGAGGAAAGUGAAGAUUCUUUAAUGGGUUUCAUUAAUUCCCCAGCCUUGCCUGUACGCGAAGCAUUUAUAAAAGAAACUCCUACCCGUCCUGCACCCGCUAAACUUGUGUUACAACCAUUUGAUGCCAAGGCUUUUUCGAAACUCCUACAACAAACAUCGGAAGCUGGUGUUGAGGACGAUGAAGCUGUAGAGGAACAGAAUAUAACUAAACAUUUGCCCAUGGACUGGUGCUUGAAAACGAGAGUACGUUUCUUUUGCCGUUCCGAACUACCAGCCACCCAACUAAAGACCAGCCAAUUGGCCAGUGGUCUUACAAGUUUUGUGCGUUGCAUAGACACGCAAAAUGAGGGCUGUGGUUUGGACAUUUCACCAGCCACCAGGUUCAAUCAGGCCACCUACUAUUGGCAACAUCCGCACAUACCUUGGAUGACUUUGUUUCCCCGCAACUCUCGAGAGAAUACAGGCAUUAAUUUGGGCGAAAGGGAACGCAAAGCUUUGGCAGAAGAUUGGGAUUAUAGUUUUAGGGGGCUUUUUCAACUUUUAAGAGCUAGACAAUGUGCAUAUUUCUAUUUGUGUGCCAAUAUCUUUACAGUGUUAUUUCGGGCAGCUGGUACAGGCGGCAGAGCAGAAAUUCAUGCUCUCAUGUCGCCCACAACGAGAGGUAUGCGUCAGGCCUUAAGGCAAGAAGGAAUUGAAUAUAGUAUGCCACUCAAAAAGGAUAACGGUGGAGGUCACAACAAAUCUGUAGAUGGGGAAGACAGUAACAGUAAUAAUACUUUAGUGAAUGGUGAUGCCAUAAAAGUAGAAGCAAAUGAUGGCGUUAACGAGAAUGGAGAAAAAACUGAAGACGAUGACGACGAAGAUGAUGAUUGGCUGGAAAGUUUAGAGGUGGAUGCUAAAGAAAUACGUAAAAUCCAGACAGCCCAUCAGCGUAAAGUUAAGGCUCAGGAAAUGUCUGAGGAUUUCAGUGACAAUUCUUUGGUUUUAAUUGAAGGUGUGGAGUGCCAGGGUUUCUUUAGCUUCUUGUUGAAUGCCAAAAGUACUAUAAGCUCAGUUGGACGUUUAGCCGGUGUGCCGCCUACAUUAUUCGCCCCCGUUGCUUUUCCCAAAGCCACCAUGCAGCACUUAAGUACCCGUUCAAAUAAGGUGCGCAUGGAUGCUGUAGACUAUUUCAGCAUAGAAGUGAAGGGCGUAAUUAUGCCCUCAUUUCUGCCCUAUGUGUGUCAGCUGUUGGGUGAGACAAAGGAUACUUUUAGCGCCACGUUGGCCUCGACCACCAACACUUUGGCCUUUAGCAAGGCCACACAAAAACUACUGGAGGAUUCUGCGGGUCAGAGUCAAUUAAAAAAUGAAGACGAUGAGCAACAAAAGCAGUUGGAUGAUGACAAUGAGGCUGGCGAAGUGUUUGGUAAAGAAAAUCUUUCUGAUUGUGGUCUGCAAGCGUGUGUCGUUGAGAAUAUGUGUCGUACCGGACAUCUGGCUGUUACACUGUUGGAGCGCGUGUGUUAUGAUAAAGAAUAUGGUUAUGCUUGGAGCUAGUCGUAGUCUCUUGUAUCUAUACAAUAUUUUAUUUAGCGUUUUUCUAUUUAUUUUCUGCAAUAAAGAUUGUCUAUAUUUUUAAAAGAUUUUGUUCAAAUGUCUACAUAAAAGAAAAA